UGUCAGCCCGAGCCCAGUGCGUCCAAAAAACAGGUUUUCUCGAGGAAUAUAUUUUCUUUCAAUUUUCCAGUUAUCCCUUAUUAUUUACCCAUUCUAAUUUGUAAUCGAAUUGUAGAACCCUAAUUUCUAUAUCUUCGUCAAUCCACCUUUCUUCAUCUGUCUCUUCGAUCUCUUUUAUUCUAACAAUCUACAUGUCUCAGGUGGAUAACAGAAAUCCUUCCAACGCCAAGCGUGCUAGGACAGACGGUGGCCGCAGGGAAGAUGAUUGGAUUUGCCCUGGAUGUGGCAAUGUCAAUUUUUCGUUUAGAACAACCUGCAAUAUGCGCAGCUGUACCCAGGCCAGGCCAGCUGAUCACAAUGCGAAACCUGCUUUAAGGCCAAUGCAACACCCACAACCCUACUCUUAUAAUCCUCCAUAUGGAGGAUCAGGACCGCCACCUUCUUCAAUGUAUUUGGGAGGGCCACCAUACGGUUCUUCUGUAUAUAAUGGAUCAUCAAUGCCGCCUUAUGAUGUUCCAUAUUCUGGGGGGUCCCCGCACCACUACAACUAUGGGAACAGAGGCAGCCCCUAUCGACCAAUGCCUAUGUCCGGACCACCACCAUAUUCUGGUGGAUCAAUGAUGGGUAAUGGUGGAAUGUAUGGUAUACCUCCACCAAUGAUGGAUCGUUACGGCAUGACCAUGCCCCCUAUGGCUCCCCCUUCGAUGGGCCCAAGGCCAGGAUUUUUCCCUGAUGACAAGUCCCAGAAAAAAGAUAUGAAGCAUGACAAUGACUGGAGAUGUCCUAAAUGUGGAAAUGUGAAUUUCUCUUUUAGAACAGUUUGCAAUAUGAGGAAGUGCGGCACCCCAAAGCCUGGUUCCCAGGUUCCAAAACAGGAGAAAAAUUCAAACCAAAAGAUGCCUGAUGGCAGCUGGAAGUGUGAACAAUGUGGCAAUAUAAACUACCCAUUUAGGAUUAAGUGCAAUAGGCAGAACUGUGGUGCUGAUAAGCCUGCUGAAGAAAAGGAAUGCCCUUCUCCAGCUGAAGAUGGAAAUGAGCAGUGAGUUCUAGGACAUUAUGAUUGUUGGGAAGGUCCAGAGUUGUCGUCCAGCAUGCUCAAUAUCGGUGUCUGGUCAGUCAUGUCAUCUUCAUAUUGCAGCGGUCUCUACCUUCUCAUGAUUUGUGUCGAGUUUUGUAUUAUUUGUUGUGAUGUCCUUGUGGAUCCUUUCUAUAAUGUCCAGCUAAGUCUGGGAAACUUUUACCUGAGGCAUUUGUUCCGAAAAUUAGGGUAUUGUUACUAUGAGAUGAAAUUAUUCGACCUAGAGGUUAUUUCAACAUCUAAUUGUGUUUUUUCUAUAUUAUUGGGAGAUCAGCAACUAAAGUCUGUACUAUUAGUUAUUUUGUAGUUUAAAUCGUUAAUGCCGCUUAUGGCUCUUGUGUGUCUAGGGUUUUUUCAUUGGUUCAUCGUAUACUUAAAUAGAAGUGCUCCUGGUUUGUCGUAUGGAAAUCAUUCUUACCCAGUCA